CUCCUCGAUGGAUUCAGUCUAUGCUUUCUCGCGUUAUCGGCGCUACGCUCUUUGUUUACAUCGUUGUGUUAUUGGAUUUUUCUGAAUUUGCCGGGUGUUUUUAAAUUUUGUGUGAAUAUUUCUGUGCGUUUGGAGUGCUUAUAUCUUACGAAAAAUCAUCCAUCCUCGACUUAUGCACCAUAAUUCAGUUUCGAUGAGUCCUGGCAUUUGACAGUCUCUCAAUUUUAACGUUCGUGGUAUGAACAAGCUUGUUGGCUCGGCAAGGUUGUAGAGAACGGGCGGCCCAACCUUAAACAGAGCUUAUUGAUAUGUGGUUUCUGCAUUGAAUGGCGUCAUAAAAGGAAUUCUCAGUUUCGUCUAUCAACCGUGUUUCCCGGCGGAUUCGCGGACCGCGGCCUCAGAGAAGAUUCGCGAACGCGAAACCCUAGUUUUCCGGCGGCACCAAGGUCCCGUUUAUCCACGCUUGACCUGCCAAUUGAGCGCAAACAAAAGAAUCGCCGAGGAAAACGGGAAAACGGAGCAGUCAUCGGAGUUUUCCGUCGCGCGCAGACCCGAUGCGCAGCGCCGUUUAACCGGUCACCGCCGCGAGUGUGACUCCCGCUGCACCGGCAGACAGCCGUUCCAACCACCCGAAAUUUAACCAAUCGGAAGUCGUGUUACGUUUUUUUUUUUUUUUUUUUUUUUUUUUACAUAUGAGAAAAGUUCAUAGUCAGUUUUAUCGAUGAGAUUUCUUUUUUACAAUAUGUGAUCAGUGUCGGUCAAAGCAUAGUGAAUCGGACAUAACAACUAAAUCAAAUCAGUCGAUUGAGGUUUACGCUUUGAAAAUCCAUUAUCAAUUAUCGUAAUAUUUUGCCUCGUCGUGGAUUUUAUCCAUCUCUAAGAAGAUAAUCCGUUUCUUGCCCAGUUUUAGUGUUAAAUUUACAUGUCAACCGUGGAUCGGGAAUAGUGUCGGCCAAAGCUUAGUGAAUCGGGCGGAAAUCAGACGAAAGACGUUUACCCUUUAAAAAAUCUAGUCUCAACUAUAGAUCGAUAUCUUGGGUAAAAUUUAAGGUUCCCAAGUUUUCCUUCGAUAUAAGCAAGGCGAUCGCGUAUGGCGUGAAGAAGGACACUUCGAAGAUAGCUGCAUCCCUGGAGUUCACGGAUCGAAGUGGACAAGGCACGACCUCGCGGGGAGCGAUAGAUGAUCCCUCGGGAACCGCGGACGAAGCCGCCGGCAGCGCCCUCUCACGUCCGCUUGAAAGACUAGCCUCCAUGGUGGAGUGAUCCAGAAAGCGAGGAUGCUGAAGCUUUUCCGGCGCGGGACGUCCCGCUCUCUCGUGGCCGUCCUGCUCAUCGCGUCUGUGACGACGCUCUGCGUGUACUAUGCCAACAACGGCGGCCCGAUCGAGAAGGUGGGCGACGGGCGCAACGGAGGUGGUGGUGGCGGUGGGGGCGUGGGCGGCGGCGGUGGGGAUGCGAGUGCCGCGGGGGGUGAUUACGGGGACCGCGAGGAAGGGAUCCCCGAGGAGUGGGGUCCCGCCCAGGAGACGAAGCCCGGCUGGUUGGAGUCGGACAGCUCCUCCGACCCUUCCAUCUGUCCCCGGGUCCCGGAGGCCGUUGCCGACAUCGACACCGUCAAGCAGUUCGCCAACUUCGAGUUUCAGCCGUAUUGGAUGAAAAGCCGAGAAUACUGGGAUAACAGCUUUGAGGAGAGAUACCGCGUCCGAAAACAGAAGUGGUCAAAACUUCCAUUGAAGGUCAUCUUGGUGCCACAUUCUCACAACGAUCCAGGAUGGUUGAAAACUUUUGAAGGAUAUUAUCAUUCGACCACCAAACACAUCCUGAACUACAUGGCAGAGAAACUAACUUCUAUGCCCAAUAUGACCUUUAUAUGGUCAGAGGUCUCAUUUUUAGCCCAGUGGUGGGACAGUGUUCAUCCAACAAAGAAGAAACAAGUUCUGAAGCUUUUGGACCAGGGUCGCCUCGAAAUCACAACCGGAGGAUGGGUCAUGGUUGAUGAAGCUACCUCACAUGUUUUCGCCAUGGUCGAUCAACUCAUAGAAGGUCACCAGUGGUUGAGGAACAACUUGGGAGUGGAGCUGAAAACCGGGUGGGCGGUAGAUCCGUUCGGUCACGGCUCGACGGUGCCGUACCUGCUGAAGGCGGCCGGUCUGUCGGGCGGCGCGGUGAUCCAGCGGAUCCACUACGCGUGGAAGCAGUGGCUGGCCAAGGAGGAGAGCGGCGACUUCAUCUGGCGACAGAACUGGGACGCCGACGGGCACACCGACUUCCUCGUCCACAAUCAACCCUUCGACAUCUACUCCAUCAAGCACUCCUGCGGGCCCCACCCCCAGGUCUGCCUCAACUUCGACUUCCGGCGCAUCCCUGGCGAGUACACAGAGUUCUCCAUCCGCGCCGUCCCCAUCGACAAGAAGAACGUCCGCCAGAAGGCCGAGCUCCUCCUGGAGCAGUACGGCCGGGCCGGCUCCCUCGUCCCGCACAACGUCGUCAUGAUGCCUCUCGGCGACGACUUCCGCUACAACUACGACGUCGAGUGGGAACAGCAGUAUCGCAACUACGUCCAGCUCUUCGACUACAUCAACGCCCACAACACCACUUACAACGCCGAGUUUCGCUUCGGCACGCCGGCCGACUAUUUCAAACUCGUCAAAGAGCGACUCAAGCUCCUCGACAUCGACCCCAAGACCCUCAAAGGGGACUUCUUCGUCUACUCGGACAUAUUCACCGAGGGCCGCCCCGCUUACUGGAGCGGGUACUUCACCACGAGGCCCUUCUUCAAGAUCCUCAGCCGGGAGCUGGAGCAUAAUCUUAGAUCCGCCGAAAUCCUCUACACGCUUUCGCUCAACUACAUGAAGAUGUUGGGCAUCAGCGCCAGCGUCAAGAUUCUCGAGCGGGACUUCGAGAAGCUGUCGCGGGCGCGGCAGAAUCUAGCCUUGUUCCAGCACCACGAUGCCAUCACGGGCACGUCGAAAGGCUUCGUCAUGCACGACUACGCCUUGAAGCUCUUCGAGAGUCUCCAAGAGGCGUCGUUCGUCCAGAGCUACUCCGUACAAAACCUCCUCCUAGCUUUCCAGUCCAAGAAAGCGUCGUCGGUUUCGCCGUCCCUGCGCUUCGUAGUGCCGUCGGCCGAGCGGGAAACCUACGAGCGGCUCGCCGAAGACGUGCUCCUGGCGUUCUCGCCGAAGAGCACGCGGCGGAAAGUGCUCGUCUUCAACAGUCUGGCCCAAGUCCGCUAUGACGUCAUCAAGCUGAAGAUCUCCGAUCCCAACGUCAAAGUGAGCGACGUCACCGGGAAACCGGUCGUCUCGCAGAUCAGUCCGUACCUGAACAUAACGGACUCCGACAUGAGCGGUAGUUCGGUCAUUACCUCUAGAUUCCUUUACGAAUUGGUAUUCAUCGUUGAAGUGCCUCCAUUAUCCUUGUCGGUCUUCGUUGUCGAGUCGACGACGAAAGCCGAAGCCAAAGGCUCGAUAUCGACCCUGUACUGCAAGCGAUGUUCGCAAGAGCACAUCUUCCCGAUCAAGGUCAUCCAGCCGGGCGACGUCCAGCUCGAGAACCACCAUCUGAAGCUCCUUUUCGACGCCGCGACGGGCUUCCUCAAGGCGACGACCCAGAAGACUACCGGGAAAGUGACGCAGUCGAGCAUCCAAUUCGCGGCCUACAACUCGGCUCAGUUCCAUUCCGGGGCGUAUCUCUUCAUGCCGGACCCAUCGACGAACGAGAUCGAACGCGACGUACUGGCCGAGUACACGGACAAGCAGCGGAUCGUCAUCGUCUCCGGCCCGAUCUACUCGGAGCUCGUCGUGGUCUACGGCUCCUUCCUGCAGCACCGCACCCGGCUCUACCACUCCAAGUCGCCCCUCGGCCACGGGAUCUACGUCGAGAACAUCGUAGACUUCGACAAACCGCCCAAGAACCGAGAGACGGAGCUGUUCAUGCGGAUCGUUAGCGACAUCUCCAACGGCGACACUCCCGAGUUCUACACGGAUGCCAACGGGUUCUCCAUGCAGAAGCGGGUCAAAGUAGACCGGAUCGGAAUCGAGGGUAACUACUUCCCUAUCACGACGUGCGCCUACAUCCAGGACGCCAGCCGGCGGCUCAGCAUCUUGGUGAACCACGCGCAAGGGACGGCCGCCUGGGAGCCCGGCUGGCUCGAGGUCAUGCUGGACCGACGUACCCUCUACGACGACGCCCGGGGCAUGGGCGAAGGAGUUGUCGACAACAAACGGACUCUCAUGAAGUUCUGGGUCCUCCUCGAGGAUGUCACAUCACCUACCCACCUCACGACUCCAUCCCUCUCUUCCAACUAUUUGUCCAACUCGUUGCUGUACCCGUCCAACGUUUUCCUGCUGGACACAAGUAACAUGGAUGUGGAGACAAACUUGGUGUUCAUCUCGAAGCCUUUCCCCUGUGAUGUCCAUUUGAUGAAUCUCAGAACGUUGACUGACCCAGUUUACGGCUCGCAAUUUCCGUCUAAUUCGGCGUUGAUGAUUUUGCACAGACAAGGAUUCACCUGCAGUGUAGCGAGUAAUAUUCAGUUGUCCAAGUGUAAUUUUAGAGCCAGCACUGAGAAGUCGGCGCUUUACGCUGAUACGAACUUCACGCAUCUGAAACUCAAAUCAAUCACUCAAACUUCACUUACCGGUAUGCAGCAGCUCAGCGGAGAGUUAGAAUCCUUCAACCAAUUAAAUUUAUCUCCCAUGGACAUACUAACUGUCAAUUUAACCUUUUCUUUGUAGUUAUAAAUAUCAGCCAAUUUGUUUGCAAAUUACAUUGGAUUACGUAACGAGAGACUGAAUACUUAAAAUCAUAUCCUUACUCUUUUAAACAAAUUUUGCCCAUCACUCUUUCACUGCCUAGAACUAUCUUGAGUUAAUUUAGACUCUAAGUUCUCUCUCUGGAAGUUCUCCUCCUUCAAAAAUUACAAUUUCGGCUUCUUUGUAUUUUAAUGGAUUUUUUGAGGAAUUUUAAUCAUCCCUAUUUUUAAACCUGUUUUGCCGGUCUUGCCAGGGAACAAAAAAAUAAUGUUUGUUACAUUUGUACAGAUUUUAAUAGUGUUGAACGCUCUGUUACCUUUUUUCGUUUCAGGGUUUUCAAAAAGCUGUUUCUUCCAUUAAGCAAUUCACAUAUGUUGUAGAGAUAUAAACGUUUUUGUUAAAUUAGUCAAAUGAUCAUCUUCAUUGAAGAUUUGUUUCAUUAUUAUUAUAAUUCAUUGUACCUACCUACAGUUCUUUUUCUAUUUCUGUUUUUAAUUUAUUUUUCUUCAUUUUUUUCUCUUUAUAUCUGAGCAUAGUAUCAUGAAUUUUUUCAUUUUCUCAAAAUUUUCAGAAGUAGAUUUUUCCGGGUUUUUGUGCAUCCCUCAUUUUGUCAUCGACUGCAUUCACAAAUCGAUGGCCACAGUGCAAAACCACGUUCUCCAUUAUGGAGUCUCAAGUUUUCUGCUCCUAUUUUUUUUUUCCAUAGAAACAUGCCAACUUUAUAGUUUGAAAUUCACGCAAAAUAUUCUGCCAACAAAGAAGAUAAAUCCAGGAAGUUGUCAAGAAAUGACGAAAAAGAAUAACAAUAAGUCUGCAACAUCGCAAACAGAAGUACGUGGUUUCGCACUUCAGCCAUCGAUAUGCUUAUUAAAUUUGUAUGGCCAAACAUAGCUUGUUUAUUUUUAACUUUAUUACUUGUGAAACAUCGUUUCGAUUAGAACUAUUCAAUGAUCAUUGACUUCCAUUAUAAUCACUUUUCGAUUUUCCUCUGCAGGGUAAUUUAUCGUAGAGGUGCAUCAGGUGCAUGCAUUGCGGCCGGCGGGAAAGUUUUUUUCCUUCCCACUCAAAAUAGAUUUUUUCAUUUAUUUUCUACCAUAAUAUUUCCUCCAGUUUCUCAUAGAUCUAUUGUUGAGACUGUGAGAGCCCCAGUAGCCUUCCUUUUCCUCACAAUGCACGCCUUAAAAUAUCUCCAAUUGCGUUUCAGAGGGGUGGAGACCUCAAAUUUUAUGGAGGGAGGUCUCCUGAACCACCCCUAUCGGGUAAGUUUACCACUAAACCCCCCCUCUCUAGGGAGAUGCACUUCAAGGAGCCCGCACCCACAGACUGCGCUAAAAAAUCUUAUAUACGGCCUUACAUGAGGGUAUGAAAGCUCCUAAAAGCUCACGAUAGUCAAUGAUCAUGAAAACUCAAAAUGGUUUCAGACGUUCUUGAAACAAUUAUGAUGCACAGAACAUGAACUGGCUAUGGCUGCAUGUAUUAUUACCAUAAGUUUUAAUCAGUCACAUUCUUUAAUUUAAGAUAAUAUAAACCCACAUUGAAAGUUUUUCGAAACAUCAAAUGCGGUGACAAGUUCCUUCUCAUUUUUGAGCAGAUUUUUUUUCUCUCCUUUUCUGUUCAGAUGAACCAACUUACAGCAUCUGGAAGGUGUACUUAAACUGCUAUUAGUUUGUACAUCAAUUUACAGUCAUUUUUAAUUUUUCUUGAUCUCAAGCAAUAGACCUAUUGUCUUUGUAACAUUAUUUGAAAUGACAUCAUAUUAUCACUAUAUUAUGAGUAUUAAUUAAUUUUGUUUUUAUUGUAAAUACAAUUUUUGAAUUUUACCAGUAAUUUACUCAUACCAAAUACUGUAAAAAGCUUUGUAAAAACUGUACAUGGAUAAAUGUUUCAAUACAACGAAUGUAUUUUUCGUAAGUAGUUAUUUGUACAUUCCGUGAUAGUAAAAACUUAGUUUCAUCUGUGUCCAAGCAAUGGCACAUACGUAGCUUAACAUCACAAUUUCAUCACUCAUCUUCAUGAUACUAUGGAGUAUUAUGAAGUACAGUUGCAUACUAUGAGUAAUAUGUUUGAAUAAUUGUCGUGAAAAAUGAGCUCAAAUUUUUCGAUAAUUUGGCAUUUGUGACGAAUACUUUUGAAAGUAUUGAACAUUUUGCAUAUCCUUGAAAAGUAUUGUAGUUUCCUUAUGGCAUUAGCAUAUAUAUUUUACAGACAGCAAGUAAAGCAAUUAGAAAGGGAAACAAAGCUUUAAAAUUUUUUGAAAAACUCAGGAUAAUUUGGCUAGUGACCCUCGCUUUCUUCAACUUACAAAAUGUGUCUAAAACUUGAAAACUGAAGUCAAAAAUUGCAUUGUUGAAAAGAUCAACGACCAAUCUACAAAAUAGGACCAACCCAGAUCAGUCCUCAGGAAAUUAAAAAAUUCAGUAAUGAAAUUUGAAAACCUAGUCCUAAUAUCUGAAGGAGUAUGUACAGGCUUAUCUCUGAGUGGAAAUUUAGUUAGGUGCACGUUCGUGUUGCAACUCCUUAACGGAAAAAGUAAUUUUUUAUUCUUGAAAGAUGUAGUUUUGUUUUAACAAUGUAGUUUGUCUCUUAUUUCAACUUCCUUCCUGUUUACCUGAGCUUUAUUGCACAAUUCAAUGGAAGGUGAAAGACUGUUUGCUAUUGCCUACGAUCAAAUAUUCUAUGUCUUCUCUUUCUAGAAUCACUGCUGUCUACUCUUCAUUCUAAUUGUGUUUGUGAUCCAGUGUAAUGGAGGCAUAGGCGAAUUGAAAGAUCUAAUUUGCAUCAGAACAAGUUUUCUCAAUUUAAUGGAGAAUAUUUUUGAUAUACUUAUAAUGGCAUAUGGUACAUCUUCAUUUGUUCCAGUGCUCAUUAUUUAUGCUUGCCAUGAACGUAGUUGGUUGUUCAAGAUUUUUGGAGUGUAUUCAAAUGAAACUAACCGUCAACUAGUGAAACAAGUACCAAUUGUUGAUGUUUUAAAUGCUUCCCCCGAUUGUUUUAAUAUCUCACUCUCUCUUCAAAUACUCACUGUAAUUUCCCUCUAAUGCUGUAUUUUAUCGCUGUAAUGAAUGAUAGAAACAGCAAUGAGCUGCUUGAUAACAUCUAAAUUAGGGGAAAACAUAAUAUGUUUCAUCUUCAAAAUCUUAUGCAGAAAACAAUUCUCACAACUGAGAUAUCAAUCCUUAAACAAGAUAUUAAUGAUUAUUUUAACAAAGAUAAAAUAGAAUUUAAAUCAUACAAAUGAUGUCCUUUGUAUUUUUGUCAUUUACUCAAUAUUAAUUGUAAACACUCAUAUCUUAAUCAGGAGUUAAUUACCAGAUUUUUCCUUGUGUCAUUCGUUCACCUCGUGAAAUUUUGAAGAGGAGUUAUGUACUUUAGUUCUUACUUUGUCUAGAGAAAACAAAUUCUGCUCCUAAAACAGCUCCUAUGAAUUCAGUUCUCUAUCAACUUUUGAGUGCCAAAAAAUUCAAAUUUUUUAUGAUAGAUUUGGCCACUGUUUUCUACAAUAAUCAGUAAUUAUGACACUGUUGAGAUGGAUACGGUAACACAAUCACUGAAAAACUGUCCAUCUACUGAGCUUUGAACUAAUAAUGGCAUCAAGAAAUACAGAAUCUGAAUUUAAAAAGUGGGAGUGUGCACACAUUGAUUUGUCAAUUUUGGAAUUUCAUAAAUUCUCUCCAAAAUAUUCACAUCAGAGAUGAGCAUUUUUUGUCACAAUCGGAUUCAAUUUUUAAGGAAUGAAGUAGGAAGUUCAUACUGUCUUGAGUGCUUGGUCAAUUUACAGCGCCAACUUUUGACACAUGAUUUGCGUUUGCUAUUACAAAUCUUUUCAAAUUACAUUAACCAUCCUUAAUAUACAAUAUGAGGAAGAGUUAUUUUGUAUCCUAUCUCUGACAGGUAGGGAAUUGUACUAAAACUUCAUGGAGAAUUAGUCUUUCUUCAAAAAAAUUUGUCAGUCUCAUAUUUGCCUUUUAAAAUUAAGAGUUGCACUUAGGAUGCGCCUUUGUAUGAAGGAGAUAAUCUACCUAACACCUUAAUAAAAACAUGAUAACUUUCAAUUUUUUGUGAACAAUCGGAGCCACAAAGCCUUUUUUCUGCUGACGAAAGUGUCUAGACUGUCUCUGAAAGAGAGAAUUUUUCUUAGAUUUAUACCUAAUACACACAACAACAACAACGUUGUUUUUUUUAAGAAUGAAAGAAAUGGUCAUGAUUUUUUCAAUUUUUUUUUUUAUUUUUAUAUUUCCAAAGUUUACCAUUUUAGCUCCUGAGGCAACAAGUGUACUUUUCUGUGUAUCAGUAUCAGUUUUUUAUUCGAGAUUUUAAUUUAUAUUUUAAUUUAGAUUGUUUUAAGUUUUGCGUUGUGUAUCUUUGUUGUCAGCUUUUAAGUGGAAAUUAUUAGGUACACUGUUGAAAACCUUUCAAGGUCGCCUAUUGGACCUCCCUUUGCAAUGAGGAACUAUUAUUUCUGACUUGUUACAGGAACAACGUGUGUGCCAAUAGUUUUCCUAAGCAGAUAUAUACUUUUAUGGAUUAUCCAGAAACAGAAGCUCCUUAUUGCAAAUUGGUGUCCAAGUGUGGCUCAUUAACGUGAAAGAGGCUAUAAUUUUGUCCGGAAGAGAGACUCAUUGUUCAGCAGAAGUCUGCACCACGAAACCUCAUCAGGACGCGCUUGAAUGCUCAUCACUAUACUCGUUUAUUAGCAAGUCUAAAAUUUAAUCGCAGUAAAUAAUCCAAUUCAACAAGACAGCAAAAUCAUUGCUCAUCCAUAG